AUGUCGGAAAACGCUACCGAGAUUGUUUACAUACCCAUGAAACCCGGCCUCGAUCUCUCAACGGGCGAAGCGAAAGAAACAUGGGAGUCAACCCUCAGCACUAUUGCCAAACAACCCGGUUCCAAAGCAUUGUACUGGGGCCGACAGAUCGAGAACCCAGAUACCGUGCAAAUGGCCGUGGAAUGGGAAUCCAUCGAGGACCAUAGAACAUUCGAAAAGACCCCAGGCUACCAACCUUUCCUGGCAACAAUCAUGGAAAAACUUGCAUCUGGCGACGACCCAACAAUCUUCCACGUCAACUUUCCCACUUCGCACUCUGGAGGCGAGAAUCCGUUCACUAUGCCCGUCACCGAGUGCAUAAACGCCUUCUUCGCCCCCGACUACUCACAAGAGGAAUACAGCUCCCAGUUCUCUACUUUCCGCUCCAUCGCAACCGAGAUACCUAAUGCUGAGACCAAAGGAGUGAUUGGUGGAUGGAGCGUUGAACUGCAUCAGCACGAGAGUUUGGGUGAGGGUGUCGAUGGGAAGUUGUUUGCGGCGUUUUUCGGAUGGCCGAGUGUAGAGGCGCAUAUGGAGUUUCGUAAGACUGAGGACUUUGGGAAACUUAUUCCGUAUCUGAGGGGCGGGCCGAAGGGGCUGAAGGUUUGGCAUGUUGCGUUCCAACAGUACAAGUAG